AUCAUCGAAAAUACUACCAGCAAGUGAGUUCGAUCGGAUGGCGUCCAGCGACGAUAAGCCUCUCCCUACGCCGGCCUCUGGCACCGGCGGCGGCAGCGCCGCGCCGCCGGGGAAGCCGACGACGGUGGAGUCGCUCGUGCUGGACAAGGGCGCGGCGAUGCUGCAGUCGCUGCGGCCGGUGAAGCAGAUCAAGCGUCACGUGUGCACUUUCGCGCUGUACGCGCACGACCCGCACCGUCAGGUGGAGACCCACCACUUCGUCUCCCGCCUCAACCAGGACGUCCUCCAGUGCGCCGUUUACGACACCGACGACAAGAACGCCCGCCUCAUCGGUGUCGAGUACAUCGUGUCGCGGAAGAUCUUCGACUCGCUGCCGGCGGAGGAGCAGCGGCUGUGGCACUCGCACGCGCACGAGAUCAAGGCGGGGCUGUGGGUGAGCCCGCACGUGCCGGAGACGCUGGAGAAGGCGGAGCUGGAGCAGAUGGCGUGCACGUUCGGCAAGUUCUGGUGCACCUGGCAGGUGGACCGCGGCGACCGCCUCCCGCUCGGCGCGCCGGCGCUGAUGGUGUCGCCGCAGGACGAGCCCGCGGGGGCCGUGCUCCCGGACCUCGUGCGCAAGCGCGACAACAGGUACGGCUACUCCACGAAGGAUCUCCGGGCGGAGAGGGCCAACGUGCAGGUGCCGGCAGGGGCGCGCCCGGGGCAGGCCGACUACUGGCUCUGCCACCGCAAGGGCUUCGCCGUGGACGUCGUGCCGCACGAGAUGAAGCGCCACGCGCCGUUCCCGUGACCGUGAGGAAGUACGCCGGCAGAAACGCACGAGUCGUCUACGUGAACGUAGUGUAGAAAAACAUACGUGGAUCCUUGUAUCGUGUGUACCG